UGGAAACAUGCACCAAAAUAUGCACCAAGGAAUCUUGGACUUUAUCUAACUUAGAAAAAUAUGUCCGUACAUUGCCCUAAAAUAUAUGUGACUUUUUCAAACUACAACGCUACAGGCUUGAUAUUUAAAAUAAUUUAAAGCUCAGUCAAAAUGGAGAGACGGAGCGUUUUUGUAGUACUCGCUCUAUGCAAUCUGACCUUUGGAUACCAUAAUCAAAGUCCUAUUUAUAAUAAGCUAUGUAAUCGAACUGGCGGAACAAUAAAUUGUUAUCAAGACAACACUUGGGGCUUCGAUGAGAGGACUCGCAAAUGUUAUCGUGUACAUCAGGGUAAAGAGCCAUGUGGUUUUUUCGACGGCGAAAAGGGUUGCAAGGACUUCUGCAUGGCACACAGCGGAGUUCCGCCUGGGAGCAAGUGGAAUAAUCGACGACCAAAAAGAAAUAUCGGAUGAAUACAUAAUAAUGUUUUUAAACAGGCCUUUUUUGUAUUUUGUUUAUAUAACAAACCCAAAUAAAACCCUGGCAGCUAUUAUACAAACAAAAUAUUCUGUAAA